UGGGGAGGCGCGCGAAAAAGUUCUAGAGAGUGGGGAGUUGAUUUGCAAAGUGCAACAACUUACUGGUGUACUGUUUGAGGAAAGAAAAAGCUACGAGACAGACUGAACCAGCACACCUUACGUGUUUCUGUGGUUCAGCUGUGAGCCCGUCUACAGGGAGAGACAGACUGCAGAGGAUCAGCUGUGCGUUUUUCUUUCUCUGCCUGUGCCUGGCAUGGAAGGUGUGUUUUCCUGUUUUGGACCUGUCGUUUUAUGGACGGACUGCAGAGGAGCCUUUGGGGUUUUUCUCGGAUUUUCCAUCCAUCCUUUGGUUGUGUUUUCCUCCUCCACAUGUGCUCCAAGGGCCAGCCUGAAGGACCUUAUUCCAGCCCACUAAUGUGGACCCAGGACCAGGGUCUUUAGGAGCCACACAUUAAAGGAAAAUGUAAAUUCUACCAACAUUGGUUCUUCCUGUUGUGGAGAUCCAGUUUAGUGACCUGGAAAUAUGUUCCAAAGAGAGCAAAAAACCAAAUGGUACACUUUGGACAAAGGCAAGCAGCAGCAUUUCAGACCAGAAUAUAAAGGGGGCUGUUAUUUCCUGCUCAACAUAUUACUGCCAGAGAGUAAAAGAUUAACAAUGAAAGAGUUCAUGAUGUCUUUGUUUCUGAUUGUGACUCUGCUGAUUAUCAUCAUGAAGGCACCAGCAAUCGAUGCUUCGACUGCUGUGCUUGUGAAGACAGGUGGUGAUGUCUUUCUUAAUGUCUCAGAAGCGGAUGUGCCCAAAGAUUUUCACAUCUUUUUAUGGAAAUUUGUCACAGAAGAUGUGUUGGUGUCUUUCUUUUCAAACGGAGAAUCAAAGGUCCAUGGGGUUUACGCUGGAAGAAUUGACUUUUCAGAAAAAAAACACUCUAUAAAAUUAAAGAACCUCCAAAAAUCUGACAGUGGACUUUAUACGGCAGUCGUAAUAGCAGCUUCAGAGCAAACACUGAAUGAGUACAACGUCACGAUUCAAGAUCCAGUUAGUCCAGUCGAUCUGGUCGUUGACUCCGUGUCCAGCGCCUCUUCCUCCUGUAACCUCACAGUGACAUGCAUCACAGAGGACUCGAACAUCAGCAGCACUUUCAGAUGUACCACCAAAACCUGCUAUCAGGAGGGAGGAGAGAAGUCAAAGGCAACUAAAUCCGGUGCUUCUCUCCAUGUCUGCCUGUCUAAUUUAUCAAUCAUCUGUAAUCAUAGCAACCGGGUCAGCUGGUCAGAGAAAAAGACAGCGACUGAUCCCCUUUGUCUGCCGCAUGCUGAUGCAGAGGAGCUCUCUGGAGUCUCCAUUUGUGGAGUGAAGAAAGUCGUGGUCUCGGUCGGUCUGAUCAUCAUGGUGUUGGCUGUCAUUGGUGUCCACCUGACUGAGAAGUUCAAGAAAUAUAAAUAAAUAGCUUCCUACUUAUCCAA